CCGGAGAGAAGCCCUGUGGCAUUCAGGUUGAGUCCGAAACUGGAGACACGGAGAACGCUGACGGGGAGGACCACAAAUCUGCCAAUCUUCCCUUUCCUCUCACGUCCACCUUCUAUUGUUUUUGCUCUUUUUCUUCCUUGGAGUUUUUUUUUUUUUUUGGUCUUGGUUUUUCUUUUCUUCAUUCUGUCAGACGAGGAUCUUACGCGGAAACACGACCGGAUCGCUGGGCUUCCUGACAUGUCUUGGCAGGAUGGGUGGAAGGAGCCCCCGCGCGUCACUGACCCCCACGAGCCCGUGUUUUCGGGCGAGGACUCAGGUGGAGACUUUGCUCCGUCACUGGCCGUCUGCACCUUCCCACUCCCUCCCCUCCGCUCCUCUGUUUACAUGCAGAGCUCCACACCAGACUGGGGGGCAGUGCAACAGUUGCGCCAGAGGAUGGCGCACAACGACAAUCCAAAACACCACAGCACCGCCUCGGAGUUUGCCCGAGCGCAGAGCGCGGGGAGGCGCGCGCCCCUCAUAUCCCACCCAGUAUUUCCUGCAUGCGCGAGUUUACCUCUGGAGGUCACCGAGCAGGAUUUACGACUGGUCAACAAAAGCACCAAGCGGUGGAACUGUCAACAAAUGAGCUCCUAUUUUGUGAACUCAUUCUGCGGUCGCUAUCCCAAUGGCGCGGACUUCCAGUUACAUAAUUAUGGGGACCAUAGUACGGCGAACGAGCAAUACAGGGACUCAACGGCCAUCCAUUCCAGCAGGUAUGGCUACGGCUACAACGGAAUGGACCUAACAGUGGGGCGGACCGGCGGCGGACACUUUGUGGGCAGCGAGCGGACGCCGGGCUAUUCCCCGAGCCACUCGGCGACCACGGCUCCCUCUGUGGAGGCGGUCAGGUACGGUCAGUCCGCCGGCGGCGCCGGGAACGCGUCCCUCUCGCCGCCACCUGACCCUCUGCCGUGCUCCUCGGUGGCCAGCUCGUCGCCGGCCGCCGACCCCCAGCCCCAGCACAGAGGGGCGGUGAAAAACUCCAUGGGCUCCCCGUGCCCGAGCUCCAACGGGGGCACGCUGCUGCUCAGCCGGGACUGUGCGUCCAAAGCCCCCUCCCUGGAGGAAGAGAAGCCCGCGGGAAGCACGCCGUCCACUCCCCAAAACACCAGCGACUCCACGCAACCUCAGAUAUAUCCGUGGAUGAGAAAACUCCACAUAAGUCAUGAUCGUAAAAAUCAUCCGGAGAGCGGCCAGAUAGGCUCACUGGCCAUAAACGGCUCUAAGUGUUACUUGACCGGUACAGACCUUCUCUAUUGCUCAGGCUUCCUCUUUGUGGACCGGACGCUCUCCAGGAUGAGGACCACGUCUCUGGGGGCCUUGUUGAAGUGGACAGUGUGGAUAAGCUUUAAGAGGAGCUGCUGCCUAUCCGAGGAACACGGAUACAGUGAGUCAACUGAGAUAUGGAAAGGAAACCGGAGCUGGACGUGAUGGCUGAUGGAGAAGGGCACGAGAUCCACCCCAGUAAAGUCAGGCCAUCCCACGGUCUCGGAAACACCCUGAGCGUCCUUCGGUUCACCCAAGGAGGCCAUUGGCGGAGAGGCGUCACGUGACCACGGGGUGCCAAUGUUAUUCUACAAGGGUGUCAAGACCCUGUCAGUUUCUGAAAUAAAUAUUGGGAAACGGCGAGAUGCAAAAGGCAACCUACUACGACAGCUCCGCAAUUUACAGUGGCUACCCAUAUCAAAGCGCAAAUGGCUUCAGUUAUGAUGCCAAUCAGAUCCAAUAUCCCCGGGCCUCUCAUGUGGAAAGUGAGUACCAUCGACCCGCCUGCUCCCUGCAGUCUCCCGGCGGCUCCGUGGCUCUGCAGAAGCCGGGGGAGAUGGCGGAGAGCUGCGACAGGACCCCGGCCAUUCAGGCGACGCAGUCCAAGGUUCUCCCCGAAAGCAAUCAGCCGCAGGUGCCGGUGUCAGGUCCGCCCCCCCCCCUCCCAGUCCCCCGGUGCUAUCAGCCAAAACGCCAGCAACGGGUCUAACCAGCCCGGCACAAAGAACGGCUCCCCGACCUCCUCCGCGCGAAGCAAGCAGAUCUUCCCCUGGAUGAAGGAGUCCCGUCAGAACACCAAGCAGAAAACCACCAGUAGCUCCAGUUCAGUAGAGAGUUGCCCCGGAGACAAGAGUCCUCCGGGGUCAGCAGCAUCAAAGAGGGCCCGGACAGCUUACACCAGCGCCCAACUUGUGGAGCUCGAGAAGGAGUUCCACUUCAACCGGUACCUCUGCAGACCCCGGAGGGUGGAGAUGGCCAACCUGCUCAACCUCACAGAGAGACAGAUCAAAAUCUGGUUCCAGAACCGCAGAAUGAAGUACAAAAAGGAUCAGAAGGGCGUCGGGAUGAUGCCUUCUCCUGGAGGACAGUCCCCACGGAGUCCCGUGGGCCCGUCUUCUGGAGGCGGUAGCGGGGGAGGAGGAUACCUCAACUCUAUGCAUUCUCUUGUAAACAGUGUACCAUACGAAUCCCAGUCGCCGACGUCUUACAGUAAACCUCAUCACAAUGCAUACGGUAUGGCUACUACGUCAUAUCCUCCUCCGCUGAACAACUCACUCAACAACUGCCCGCCCACCCAGAAGAGAUACCCCGGAACAGACUCGGCCACGCCCGAGUAUGACGCGCACCCCCUCCAAGGCAAUGGCAACUACGGGACACACAUGCAAGGAAGCCCAGUUUAUGGUUACAUCGACUCAAUGCCCAAUUCUGGGGCCUCUGUUUUCGGUCUGACCCACCUUCCGCACCCACCGUCCGCAAACAUGGAGUACAAUGGAGCAAUCACAAUGGGCAAUAGUCAGCAUCACGGAGUGUGUGAUCCGACACCGACAUACACAGACCUAACGCCGCACUACUCUCAGGGAAGAAUCCAGGAAGCGCCCAAACUGACGCAUCUGUAGCAGUGGCGCUGUCUGGAUCACUCCGCCCCAUUGUCUUAUCCUCCUUCAGACAUGUUACCGCUUUGUUUCUGCGCCUCCUCACGGCUUCCACCUUCUUUUCUGCUUUUGUUUAUGUUCCCUAUAGUUUGAUGUGUGAAGUAGCGUAGGAUAAAUAAUCACGACUUGCUUGAAUUUUCCUCUAUUUGCUUGUGUCAUUGUCUCACGAAGACCUUUAUCUAGACUGUUUAGUGUGGGAGGGAGGGGAGCUCGACACAGCCAGCAUAGGCCUAUUUAAUCUCUUCCUUUAAAGUCUUGUUUUAAUAUUGAAGCUCAAACAGGGUAUUAUGAACACGUUAUUCAUUCAUUCAAUGUGAAGUUGUCCGUCUUUUAUUUAUCCGCAGUUGAAGUAUUGUUUUUUCUUUUUCUUUUUUCUUUUUUUUUUUGCAUUUUGCAUUUUGUUGCACUUGUGUGUGAAACCUCAAGAGCCACGAGUUGGGAUUCUGAGGGAAGUAUACGUUUUCAUAAACAAGGGUCAUGAGCUUACACGCAACCUCCCUUGCUUAUGUUUUGUUCUAUUUACUUUCUAAUGUUAUUUAUUUCGUUCGGUGCAAAAUAUAAAAGACUCCUUUAGUAUUACUUUACGCCCUUCCUUUCGUAGGGAAAAAGGUUGGUGGGAAAUGAACCUCUCAGCUCUUUUCAGUCCGAACAUGUUGUCUGAGGUUCCUCGACGUGAGCAGCAGCAAACCAUAUCGCCAUUAUAGGCUAUGAUUCCAUAUUUUCUUAUUGGAGGAGGUGUUGUAUUUUCCCAGCGAAUGUAAAAUCAACCAGUCAUGCAAUAAGGGUGGAAAGUAUAGUACACACGUUAGCAGUUUCUUUAUUGAAGAAAAGAGAAACACACCAUUUUUGUUUCGAUGUCAAACAUUCCAUGCUGCUCCAGUUCGAAAAAAUAAAUAAAAGAACUGAAAUCAAAUGAAAGCAUUUUCCCUCAGUUUCAAUUCAGACGUCUGUCAGCAGCAUUCCACAGGGUUAUGAAAUCAAAAGCAAGCCAUUUCUCUGUCCAGUUUUAUUUGUUAUUAGCCAAUAUGGGAUGCAAUCGUGACUUUAAGACAAAACACACAAAAAUGCACCGAAUAAAAGUAUAGAAUAAAAACUGUACUAAAAAAGAAGCUCCAUUUUUUUUUAAAGAAAGAACAAUACUUACUCAUCUCGACAAAAAACGAGGAGUCAGUCGUCAAAUUACUCAUCGAUCACACAAAGAAAACUCGGCAAAAUACACAACAUUAAAAAAAAUCCACUGGAACUCCUUUUUGUCUCCCCUCUGCUUUAGUCGACGUAUAAGGCAGCUCGGGGGUGGCCCUCUUCCCUCCUCUCAUCUGCGUGGGCACAUCCAUAAUAAUAAAAAUGUCACCCAGGGCCUCGUGGACAUUCUUUUGCGCAUUACUGCCGUCUCAGAGAGGAAAUGGCUGCAUCUUUUCGGGCUGUGCUUCUUAUUUGUCUUCUAAAAUAUCCCUCAAGCGACAACCAGACUAUGACUGCGAGCAGAAACUGGUUCUAAUCUGAGUGGCCAGUGUUUCUCAGGGCUUCCUGGCUGCAUUUGAUCUGGGGGAGAGUUAGAAGCCUUAAAUGUGUUGUGAGGGCACCGAGCUGUCAGACCUUUUGGCGAGUAAGAUUGAUCGCGCGCAGGCUUCCAGGACUCUUUGUUUAGUAUAUAAGCAACAAACUGAGAGAGGCCUUCCACUUUUCUUCUUCCUUCUGUUCCUUGCUAAGUCUCUUUUUUUUCAAGGGGAAAUACAACAUGUACUGCCUGGCUUAAAACCCCUCUGAAUGUGGCUUUCGCAGAUUAUUCUAGAAGGGCAAUGAAACCAAACAUGGCGAGGGGAAGAGCGAUUCAAUAACGUUCCCAUCUGCAUAAUAACGCUGCAAAUGGAUUCGUUGUAGAAGGUCGAUUGUAACCAUGUUGAUGUUUGCUCCGUUGUAAUUUCAUGUGGGAAUGAUAAUGGAAAAUAUAGUGGGGAGGCUCUUUCCCGGCAUUGCAGUCAGCGUUCUUCCAAUAAAUCCUUGUGUGCAAAGCCUUUAACACUGCACAAGAUUUGUAUUAAGACUGGGCUGAAAUGUAAAGCAAUACAUGCCCAUAGUUAUUUUAGAUAUCGAAAAAAUCUGGCCAUUUGAGAUCUCAAGAGAAAAAUCAGCUUGCUGUUUUCCACUCAGCAUUUUUCUAAAAUGGUGCGAGCACGUCGGUGAACCUGACCUCGUUUCAAAACCGAACUAUAUCUUAACAGAUGACAAUAUCCUUCGUUUCUUGAGUCCGCAGUGUUGAAUGUUGAGUGCUUGACACGAGUUUGCGCACAAUGGCUGUAUAUGAUUUGCUGCUUUUAUGGGGUGACAUGAUCUGAAUGGCCCAUAUCUGUCAGUGUUCCCUUUAUAAGUAGAGAUUUUAUUUCCAAGAAAUGUCAGCGGAUGAGCUGCACAUGUCAUCAUAAGUGAUAUGCAAAGACUUACGAGCACUAGACUUUCCAUAUUCAGUGAUAUGCUUUGCUUGUUUGAUUCCCACCAAGAAGAUUUCAUAUCAGUUUUUAAGUAUUUUUUUUUU